CGUUUUCAUGAAUUGUAGAAAUCCUGAUUCUGUCCCUCGUUAUCUUCCUCCGACGAGAAGAAGACCGAGAGAGACACCAAAUCGAAAACAAUGCAACGCCGCAGCGUCUCCGCCGUAGUACAGGCCGCCCGGAGAUCCUUCUCUACCGCACCAACCACCACCCCUCAAUUCCCUCGAACCCUAGCUGGGCUCAGAGACCGAUUGGCCUCGGAGACCUCCUCUCUAUCUGAUUUCAUGAACCUGCAGUCCAAUACUGGCUACUCCGUCGAGGUUGGCACCAAGAAGAAACCUCUCCCCAAACCCAAAUGGAUGAGGGAGGCCAUCCCCGGCGGCCAGAAAUACGUCCAGAUCAAGAAGAAGCUCCGGGAAUUGAAGCUCCACACAGUUUGUGAGGAGGCCAAAUGCCCCAAUUUGGGUGAAUGCUGGUCUGGUGGUGAGACCGGUACUGCCACUGCCACCAUCAUGAUCCUCGGCGAUACCUGUACCCGCGGUUGCAGGUUCUGCAAUGUGAAAACAUCGCGAACUCCUCCUCCGCCUGACCCCAAUGAACCUUCCAAUGUGGCUGAGGCAAUUGCUUCAUGGGGUUUGGACUAUGUGGUAAUCACUAGUGUGGAUCGUGAUGAUUUACCUGAUCAAGGAAGUGGUCAUUUUACUGAGACAGUGCAGAAGUUGAAGAUUCUAAAGCCAAAUAUGCUUAUCGAAGCAUUGGUUCCUGAUUUUCGGGGAGAUCCAAGCUGUGUGGAGAAAGUUGCGAAAUCUGGAUUAGAUGUCUUUGCUCACAAUAUUGAGACUGUUGAGGAGCUUCAAGAUGUUGUAAGGGAUCGUCGUGCAAAUUUUAAGCAAUCUUUGGAUGUUCUGACACUGGCCAAAGACUGUGCUCCUGCUGGAACACUUACCAAGACGUCAAUCAUGCUGGGUUGUGGGGAAACACCUGAUCAAAUUGUAAAAACAAUGGAGAGGGUGAGAGCCGCAGGUGUUGAUGUGAUGACAUUUGGUCAGUAUAUGCGGCCAUCAAAGCGCCAUAUGCCGGUUUCUGAAUAUGUGACACCAGAAGCAUUUGAGAAGUACAGAAUCCUUGGCAUGGAAAUGGGAUUUCGAUAUGUGGCCUCUGGUCCCAUGGUCAGGUCGUCGUACAAAGCAGGUGAAUUCUAUAUUAAAUCCAUGAUAGAAUCUGAUCGUGUUCUUGUUGCAUCAUCUUUGCAGCCUCUGGCCUAUUGAAUACAUCCUCCCUCUCUGUAACAUUUUAUUGGACACUGAUAAACUCAUUGGCUUCUAUGCUUCUAGAUUUUCUUUAUUUUGAGGGGCAGAAACUGAAUGAGCCCUUACAUGCUUAAAGGAAACUCUGUAAAUUUAAUAAUGUAUUAGUGGUCGUGAGCAUUGAUCUCAUUUGGGUUGGGGCUCAUUUUUGAAUUCUACUACCAGUUGUUUAUUCAUUUUUCUUGUGUAAUUACAAGGUUUUGUCCUGGCAGCCUUUUCAUCUCGAAUUUGCCUUCA